GGCCCCAGGGGCGGGCGCAGGCUCGCGGCUGACAAAACCGGGCGCCCGCUCGUAACCGCCCGCCAAGCUUCAUUCAUCGGCGCGGGCAGGUGGGAGCGGAUGUGCCCUGGCGGGCGCGCGAAAGCCCGGCAGCUUCAACCCCGGACCGCUCCCCUCCGGCCCCCCGCGCGCCUCCGUCCAGCCGCGUGGUCCUGCCUGCAUCCCGCCGCCCGCCGGCUCGACUCGAUUGGCAGAAUGGGCUGCCAGGCGCUGCUCCACGUCGGCCAGCAGAUGCUCAGGCGAAAGGUGGUGGACUGCAGCCGGGAGGACAGCCGGCUGUCCCGCUGCCUGAACACCUUCGACCUGGUGGCGCUGGGCGUGGGCAGCACGCUGGGUGCUGGCGUGUACGUGCUAGCUGGAGCCGUGGCCCGUGAGAACGCGGGUCCGGCCAUCGUCAUCUCCUUCCUGAUCGCCGCGCUGGCCUCGGUGCUGGCCGGCCUUUGCUAUGGUGAAUUUGGUGCUCGUGUCCCCAAGACCGGCUCGGCCUACCUGUACAGCUACGUCACCGUGGGGGAGCUCUGGGCCUUCAUCACUGGGUGGAACCUCAUCCUGUCCUACAUCAUCGGUACUUCAAGUGUGGCAAGAGCAUGGAGUGCAACGUUUGACGAGCUGAUUGGCAAACCCAUUGGGGAGUUCUCUCGAAAACACAUGGCUCUGAACGCCCCCGGAGUGCUGGCCGAAAACCCAGACAUCUUUGCUGUGGUUAUAAUUCUCAUCCUGACAGGACUUUUAACUCUUGGUGUGAAAGAGUCAGCCAUGGUCAACAAAAUAUUCACUUGUGUCAACGUCCUGGUCCUCGGCUUCAUCAUGGUGUCCGGAUUUGUGAAAGGGUCCAUUAAAAACUGGCAGCUCACCGAGGAGGACAUCCGGAACACGUCCGGGAGCCUCUGCUUGAACAAUGGCACAAACAAAGGGGACCCCGGUUUUGGUGGGUUCAUGCCCUUCGGGUUCUCCGGUGUCCUGUCGGGAGCGGCCACCUGCUUCUAUGCCUUCGUGGGCUUUGACUGCAUCGCCACCACAGGUGAGGAAGUCAAGAAUCCCCAGAAAGCGAUCCCCGUGGGCAUCGUCGCCUCCCUCCUGAUUUGCUUCGUCGCCUACUUUGGGGUGUCCGCCGCCCUCACGCUCAUGAUGCCGUACUUCUGCCUGGACAAGGACAGUCCCCUGCCAGACGCCUUCAAGCACGUGGGCUGGGAAGGUGCCAAGUACGCGGUGGCCGUGGGCUCCCUCUGCGCGCUUUCCACCAGCCUUCUGGGCUCCAUGUUCCCCAUGCCUCGUGUUAUCUAUGCCAUGGCCGAAGACGGGCUGCUAUUUAAGUUUUUGGCCAGAAUCAACAACAGGACGAAAACACCCAUCAUCGCCACACUAACCUCGGGUGCCAUCGCUGCUGUGAUGGCCUUCCUGUUUGACCUGAAGGACUUGGUGGACCUCAUGUCCAUUGGCACUCUCCUGGCUUACUCUUUGGUGGCUGCCUGUGUGUUGGUCUUACGGUAUCAGCCCGAGCAGCCUAACAUGGUGUACCAGAUGGCCAGAACUGCCGACGAGCUGGACCAAGUAGACCAGAAUGAACUGGUGAGCGCCAGUGAUUCCCACACAGGCUUUUUAUCAGAAGCAGAGAAGUUUUCUUUGAAAACCCUACUCUCACCCAAAAACACGGAACCCUCCAAAUUCUCUGGGCUAGUUGUGAACAUUUCAACCGGCCUCAUAGCACUUUUUAUCCUCGUCUUCUGCAUCGUGGCUGUGCAUGGGAAGGAGGCCCUGAUACGAGAGGAGCUGUGGGUGGUCUUUGUUCUCAUUGGCACCUCCGUUCUCUGCUCGGUGGUCACGGUCAUCAUCUGGAGACAGCCUGAGAGCAAGACCAAGCUGUCAUUUAAGGUGCCCUUCCUGCCGGUGCUGCCCGUUCUCAGCAUCUUCGUGAACGUCUAUCUCAUGAUGCAGCUGGAUCAAGGCACGUGGAUCCGCUUCGCCGUGUGGAUGGUCGUAGGCUUCGUCAUCUACUUUGGCUAUGGUCUGUGGCACAGUGAGGAGGCGUCCCUGGCUGCUGGCCAAGCGAGGACUCCUGAUGGCAAUUUGGACCACUGCAAGUGACACACAGGUCUGUCCCCCGGAGGUGACAGCAGCCCUGAGGGACACCCACGGACGACCCGGAAGCACCUGGCUGUCCCCAGCAAUGCCACCGGACCCACCUGCACCCACAAGGCCCCUAUGUGGCAGAAGGCUCAGUGCUCAAGCUGCGUCCUCAGCGGCUGCGUGUGGGGCCUGCCCCAUCCUGCUCUGCGGCAGGCUUGCCGGGCCCCGUCACCCCGAUGGCUCCCUGGCUGCAGCUGACCACUGUCUCCUGAACUCCCUCUGAACGAAAGAAAGCAGCUCCUCUCCUUGCCUGCCUCUGCGGCCCCCAGCCGCAUGAAGGUCACCUCCUCUCAUUAUGUGGGAAGCCAGGCCUCGUCCCCAGGCGCUGUCCCGGUAUUGAAAAUGCACAAACUCUAUAAACUUAGUAGCCAUCUCCCUGCUCAGCCCCAAACAGCCGGCCAUAGAUGCAAGAUGAGUACCACAAAAUAGUAUGUCCCCACAGUUUCCCUGCAGAGCCAAAGGACAGCGGUCUACUCCAGAGGAAAGCAAGGCUGGUUUCCUUCUCCUGCCUCCGCCCUCUGAGUUACUUCCAGAAGGGGUCGUAGAACUGGGACCCCCUUCUCCACUUGCUCCCCAGGCAGGCGCUCUGCUCUGCCGCGUGACAGACCCAGUGCACUCCGCUGCAGGACUGAGGGCAGAUGGGGGAGGGAGCUCCACUGUGGGAGUGAGGGGUCCCGGGACGGCUGGCUCCACUCCAGAUGUAUGUGCACAGGGCACCUCCCGUCCUUCAGCCUCAUUCUCUCUAAGCCUGGCCAGUUCCUGCUGCUUCUGGCGUGUCUCCCCACUGGCUGUGUGCGGAGUAACUGGCACAUGACACUGUAUUUAAGGAGGACCGGCCUCAGUUGGGCAGAGCUCAGAACACCGUUCUCAUUGGCUGUCUGCCAGUCACCAAGUCCUGCCAGGCAGUGUCUGGGGUCUUGUAAGGUUCCCAGGACAGGUGUGCACUCAUUCUCAGGUGAUGGCGACCGGUCCUCCCAGCCUUUUGUGGCCCCUGACACAAUCUCUCUGGCCCCUCUCUUAGGUGUAAGCAAAUUGAGUCCUAGGAGUUGCUGUGAUUUACUCCACCACAUUAAGUUGGCACUUAGUUUUAACUUGGAAAAUGGCCAGAUAGUUACUGUGUGCCGUCGGCCUGUUGUCCAGAGUGCGGUAUCCACACGUGAGAUGACUCGGGGUCGUCUUGCUGUCCCUCUGGUGUAUCUGUUUGAACGCCGUGGGUUUGUAACCCUGCCCCGGCCCCUGCCUCUAGGUCUGCACACACAGCCCGCGUGCUGCCUGUGGCGCUCACACGUCCGGGCAGGUGGGAGCGAGAGGGCACGAGAACGCUGGCCGGGCCUUCCUCCAGUUACACUGUACUUCAGGAGGCAGAAGGGCCUCUGGUGACAGGAGCUGAGGGGGCAGGCAUUUUGGAUUCCACAGAAAACGGACAUUCUGCUCUCAAAGCUUAGUUUCCCAUUCCUCCCCCCUCCCUUUUUCCCCCUCCCCCCGGCCUUUGGCACAAAUCUGGUAGAAAGAAGCCUGAUAAAUUAACAGCACUUGUCUUUUCUCCCUCUGCCCCAGAAGGUUUUUGGAGAAAAAUGCAAGAAUUAGUGAAACAGCCAAAUGGCUGGGUUGGCCAGUGGGCGGGCAGCCCGGGGCUGGGCCAUCCCUCAGGCCCCAGAUGGAGGCUCCUUAGAGCCCACCACUUGUAUUUCCAAAGAAAGGUAUUUCUUUUGCGUUUGCUGUGUAGAUUUGGUGCUGUAAAAUAUUUUGAUAAAUAUUAACUUAUUUUGUUUGGUUUUGGGUUUGGGUUGUCUGCUGUCUUCUUGAGGCCUGUUAGUUAUUUGCUUGAUCUAUCUGAUAUUUUCCCACAUAAGCAAAAAGAAUUUUGAGGACGAGUGUGUCUAAGAAAGUUGGAGGGGAGAGAGAAUUUUUUUUUUUUUUAACUUCAGUUUCUCUUUCUGGCUGAAAUUUCUGUGCAAGACAGCACCCAACAGACUGGUUACAACUGACAUUUCAGCUAGCAAAAUCCAUCCUUCUACAAACGGAGGAGCUGUUUCGCCUACACUGUGUCACGAAUGAGAACCUCCCGACAGGGGCAUCUCCUUCCUCAGCCCAGAACAGGAGGGGCUCUGCUAAGGAAGAGCGGGGCCCCCUCCCGUCACAGCAGGAGCCCCCCAUGUGGGGAGAGCCCCUGAGGGUGACAGGGACAGUUCCCGCGGCCCCUGUGAUCCUGUUAAGAGCAGUUGGCUCUUUUCUGUCUGAGGGCAGUCAUGUAAGGACGGUGUUGGGCUAAGCCUCAAUGUGAGUUGACUUUUCUUAUCACACCCCCCAUUCCUGCCCCAGAAACACACACACAGGCAAAAGGAAAACUCACCUAAAGUGUCAGACAGUUUCACAUCCCCCCGCCCCCACCAACAAGAAUAGGAUUCUGUUUCAUGGCUCAGCCAGUAUUUUUCUACAAGUCAGAAAUUCCAGGCCUCCAGAGACACACCCUUUGGAAAUACUAUGUCUGCGCUUAUCUGCUCACAUUGGAAAGACCCAUUUGUGAUAAGGAGCGCCCCUUCCUGCCUCCGUUGUCCCGCCCCAGACAAAGCAGAGCCCUAGGACCUCUUCUGAAGGGGAUCUGCAGGGAAGCAGCCAGGCCUCUGGGGGCCCGCGAGACAAAAGCCGCUUCCAAGAGGGGGGCCCUCAGCCUCUGCACAGCCCCCACCCCACCUGCUCACACCCUGUCAGCCAACUUUGGGCCGCAUUGGUUUUAACAAGCCGAGUGAGAGUGACAGAGCCAUCUUUCUUUCCCAGGCUUUUGGGAAGGACUGCUAAAGGUCUGCUAUUGUCAGGAGCCCGCAUACCUCCCCACCUUUGGUUUGUGCCACUGAGUGUAUCUGGCGAUCAGCCUCUGGUGCCAUGUGCUGACGUGUGGUUUGGACAGGACACCACAGGCCUCCCCCCUGCCAUGUGGCGCCCCGAGACCCUGACACUGCUUUGUGCACCUGUGGCACGGCUUGUGCUCACCUGGAGGCAGUGCCUGGCCCAGCCAGGCCCUUGGCCACUGCGUUUGCUGUGCUUCAUGCAUGGGGGGGAGGGGGAGACGGGCAGGCACACUGAUUUUACCAGGUCUCCCCUCCACCCCUGCCACUAAGUGGGCAUUCUGAAUUGACUGGGUUUUGCUGUCCCGAAUAGGAUGGCCUGUAGUCUAACGUUGGAGGCAGAACUGAGGACAGGGUGGGAGGCUGGGUUCCUGGGUGAGUGGACACGCCUCACCACUGUCCCACCCAGGAGGUAGGUGAGCUCACGGGUAUUUUGGGGGCCUAGCCUGGCUCUGCCAGGACCAGUCUUUUGGUUUGAAAGUCCUGCUGUUAUGCAUAGAACAAGAGCCAUCUCCAUGAAGACAGACCCCAUGAUCAGUGUGUUCCAGGAUGGAUGGAGAGGCGUGUUUGUGAACAUGUCCACACUCUGGUGUGUGACGCGUAGGUAUAUGACGCGUGUGUGCGAAUCGUUGAGUUCACUUCCGAUGGAACUAUAUAUGUCAUGUAUAAUUGUUAUGUGUAAUUUAAAAUAGGUUUGCCAUCAUAAUAAGAGUAUUGUGUGUAAGGCUCCCUGUGGGGCGUGUACAUUUUGCCAGAGUCUUUUGGACUUUUUUGGUAAUGAAAUGCUUUAUUGAUUCAGUGGUGCAAGAAGCUACAUUCUAUUUCAUCAUCAUAGUUAUGAUGCCUGAAGGGUUUUUAAGGAAGAAAAAAAAAUGUCGAGUGACUUUCAUCUUCAUCACCAUAAUCCAGAGUCUUUUUGUGUCCGUUGCUUCAUUGAGUGGCAGCUCUCUUUCAUGGGGGGCGUGGACUGGCCACGGGUCUCAGGGCACAGUCAAGGAGCCGUCCUGGAUCGCCCUGGGGAGUGCAGUGCUGGCAGGGAGACCCAUGCGACGGAAGACCUUGGCUGGGAAGUCCACAUUGGCUUUCUCAGGGUGUGAGCGCGGCCAGCAGGGUCAGGAAGGAAGCAGGGCCGGGAAGAUGCACUUGGACUUUGUUAAUUUAUUAACAAUAUGAGUGUGUGUUUCUUGAUGACAAACUUUUUAAAUUUUGGCACUUAUUUUUCAUUUGAGAAGUUAUAAUAUAUAUUUAAAAUAAGUUUCCUGCUUAAGUUGUGCCUUUCAGCAUUUAUGGGUGUAAGGAGCACAAAGGGUGAUGGCCCAGUCAGGCUUGGUUUAUUAUCAAACCUGCAUAGCUGUGGUUUCUCCAGCAAACUUUGUUUUUCUACUGAACAUGGAGCCAUUAUUAAAUGGAUUGUGUUUUUAUUAUGUAAAUUGUAAAAUAUUUUUUGCUUGAUGGAUGCUCUAUUUUUCUAAUAGUUUUCUUAUAGUUGCUUAUGAUUGUGGUACUAGAUUUUAGAUUUGACGCUAACUGCAAAUCACGUUGGUGUCUGCUGGACUCCUCCUGUUUUUAUUUUACAUUAAGGCAAGCAUAUGUGUUAUCCAUCGCCUUUAAAAAAUGUGAAACUGCUCUGUAUCCCAUUUUUGCUGACAACUCUAUGUCGACAGUGUCCUACCAUACUUUAUGUUGAAAAAUCAGACUGUUUUGUGGUACACUAUCUCAUGCUUCUGCAAAGUCUAAUAAAUUCUGUCUAUGGCUUC